AUGAAGUUGGACGGUGCUGCUAAAGCUAGGAGGUUUCCGAAUCGGGAAGAACCGGCUAAGAAAUCAAUGCGUUCUCACGAUAAAGGCCAUCACUCACUACGUGCAGAAAUUAGGAUGAGUGAGGAGCAGAAAGCUAGGAAACUGGAGAAAAUGGAUUGCGCUAAUGAUGGUGUGCCAAUGACAGGUCCUCAAACAGCCGCGGAGGAAGACGACGAUGACGAUGAUGACGAAGAGAUAACAAGAGCUCGUUUAUGUCAAACAGCACCGAUUCUCAAGCAAUUCCUUUAA